AUGCUAUAAGAUAAAAGAGAUAACGCAAUAAAUAUUAUUAGUGGUUAGUAAUUUAAAAUCUAAAAAAAUGCAGCAAUAUUCGUUGUGAAAAAAAUCCCCAAAAAAGUAGUAGCAUAAUCAAAGAGUCCAGCUAAAAAAGUAUUAAGAAAAAUUGGAAUUGAAGUCAAAGCAUAAAGAUAACGAUCAUAAGAGUUACCUGAUUUAAAUCAAUAAUUUGGUUUAGAUGAUGAAGAUGGAGAUUCUAGUAAAAGAAAAGAUAAGUAAUUAAAAAAGAAGAAAGUUAUAUAGGAUAAUUAAUUACAAGAAAAUGUUUAACAACCUAAUAAAUCUACUAAUCUUGUGAAUGAUAAAACUCCAGCAAUGCCUUAGAUCAAUAGCCACGAAAAGAGCCAAAGCCCUCUUUAAUAUAAACAAAAAAUUUAAAUUAAUUUAAAUCAAAGCAAUUAAAUAUAAAAAGUUUAGCAACCCAGCAAACAUUCAUUACUUGUAGUUAAAGACUUUUCAUCCUCACCAGAUAAAAAGAGCUUUAUUAGUAAUCAAUUAAGUUAAGGGCAGAUGAAAGUUAUUUAAGCUAAUUAGAUCUAAAAAGAAAGUGAAUCACCAAAGCUUUAGCAAUCUGAUUAAAAGUAGUUAUAACACCACAAUCACCAUCACAAUAAAACUGUAAAGCAUGAACAUGUUCACUCUAUCACAUCUUAAAGUGGAAAUUUAUUUAUCAGUACUAACGAUAGGUUCUAGUAGAAUAACACUAACUAUGUUAACUAAGUUAUUUAAAAUUCAUCCUCAUUUAGUCAUUAAAAUACUUUAAAAAAAUAAAAUAAUUUGAGUAUUCAUUAAUAAUAGCAAGUUGAAUAGAAUUAAAAUUAGUAAAAUGUUAAUACAACAAACUAAAGUUAACUUUAAUAACAAUAAUAACAAUAGCAAUAAUAAUAACAAUAAUAACCUCCAGUUAUUAAAUUGAGAUACUUUAAUAUUGACAACUUCUUAAAAAAUAAUCCCAAAUUUUUUUUUGACCAUGAGUCAAUGCAAAAAAAAGUUUAAAUUAAAAAAUAAGAAAAUGUUAAGAAACUUAGAAAACUCAUUAAAAAAACUGAUAAAUUUAAUGAAUCUAACACUUAAAAAACAAAAAAAAAUUCAAUGCAAAUAAAUACAAAAGAUAUUCCAACAACACCUUUAGAUUCAUAAAAUGAUCAGAAAUAGAAAUAAUAAAAUUAAUUAGAUACUUCUUAAAUCUAAAAACCAUCUGAUAAUACCCAAAAAGAAAAGAAGAUGUUACAAAGUGAAAAUAUAAACUAAUAAGAGUUUUUUAUUUCUCUAAACAAUCAGCAGUCUUAAUAAACUUAAAUUUUAAAAGAAAGAGGCUCUCGUUAUGAAUAAAAACUUUCUAAAUUUUAAAUGAGAAUAUCUUAAAAAAACAUUCAAAGCGAUUCUGAAAAAUAAAAUUAGGGUAAUCAAGACUAAGAUAAUGCUGAUAAUCAAGAUUAAGAGGAGGAUGUUGAUGCAGAUGACGAUGAUGAUGAAGAAGAUGAUGAAUAAGAGGAGGAAAGCUAGAGUGAAGAGCAACUAAAUAACAAGUAAUCUAAUUAAAGUGUGAAUAAUGAUCCAUUUAAAUAAGGGAUAACAUAAAUUACUGCUGAAAAUGAAAAAGAUUUGAUAAAAUCUUAAGAUUCUCAAACAAAAUAAAUUUACAUAGAAAAAUUACCUUCAAUAAACAUAUAAAAGCAGGAUCAAACUUAAAAGAGCUAAAAAGAAUAAAGUUUAGAAGAGAACAAAUAAAUAUCUCCUUCAUUUUAAGCUAGUAAUUAGAGUAACUAGCAAAACAAGAUUCUUUUUUAUGCUUAAAGAUUGUCAUCUCCUAAAAGUUCUAGAUUGUAAAGCCCUUGCUAGAUACUCAAGAGCUAAUAGAGUUUAGAAAAAAUUUCUAUUUUAUAAAAUUAAAAUAAAUAAGAAAAUAAAAAUUUUUAUCUUAAUAUAAACAUGAAUAAUAAGCUUCUUAAGAAAAAUACAUUUAUGAAGAAUGACAUAGAGUCAUUAUUAUCAUAAAGAAAAUCAUUAAAAAAAAAGAAUUAAAUUCAAAACGACAGAUUUUAAUGUAUUAAAUUAAAAAAUUACUACCUUUCUCACAGAAAUGGUUUAGGAUAACCUAAAUAGUACUUGGCUAUAUUUCAUUUUGAUGGAGUGCUAGGGAGAUACGACAGACCAUUUUUUUAGAAAGGGGAGAAUUAUUAUGAUGAAGAAUAAUAAUGCUAUAAUGUUCAAAUGUCUAAGGAUAUGAGCAUUCAUGAAUUAAUGUUAAGAUAUUUUUGGUAAAGAGAAAAUCUCAAGAUCAUGUUCAAGUCAAUUUCUUAGUUUUAUUAAGUUGUUAUUAUUUUUCCUGAAAAAAAUGAAGUUUGGGAUUAUGUAUUUAACUUUUUUAUGCACAACAAAUAUAAUAUUGAUGGUAUUUACUAUAUGCAAAACCCAUCGGACCAAUAAAGUAAUGAAAACUAAUUUUUUGAGAGAAUUUCCUCUUAGAAUUACAAAACUUAGUUUAAACAACCUUUAAUUUAGGGAUAAUCUACGUAAAAUGAAAGGACUAAACUUUUGGUGGAUUACAAUAUUGUAUUAAAUGAGUUUGAUAUCAGAAAUCCUAAAAAGAUUUUAAUUUUUAACUCUUUAGAUCUUCAUUAUGACGAGACAUUCUUUACAAUAAAAACUCCUUUUUAAAUGCUAAAAGAAUAAUAGCAAUAAAAUUUAUAAAACGAAAAAAAGCAAAUGGAGGAUGAAAUGAAAUUUAAAUAUUAUGAUUAAAAAUAUUAAAAAGAUUAGCAAAGCUAUCAUAAUAAUUAAAACUUUUAGAAUAAUGAAGAAAUUCAAUAAAAUAAUAAUAGUAGCAUUUUUCCAUUGAUUAAUUAAUAUUAAUAUAAUAAAAAUAACGCAUAGGAUACUGUAGUAAGUUAAAGUGAAGAUGAUGCUUCUAUGUAAUCUUCUUUUUAAGCAACUUUUUACUUCGGAAAAACAGAGUAAAUGCAAGCAAUACCACUAAUUAAUAAUAAUAUUUAAAAUUUUCCUAUGCUCAAAUAGCUUCUAAUUGACAAUUCCGAUUACGGGAAACUUUUUAUUGGUAAAUUCCCAAAUAUUAACGUCAAUAAAGAGUGCCUUUGUCUAGUCCUUCUCCCAAGUAUGUAUAAUAAAGAUAGGAAUAACAAAUAUGGAGCUGGGACUAACUGCAAGAUACUAACAGAAAUUUGCAUUGAGUUUAUGCAUGAAGGAUCAUAAAAGAAUUACUUGUAAAAAAACAGAACAAUGUGGGGAUUACUAAAUUUGAAGCAGGAAAUAUAUGAAUCCUACAUAUAUAAAUCAAAAAGUGAUAUAAUAAGAGAAUACCAAUAAAAACUUCUUUUUGAAUGUUAGGAGUAAAAAAACAUAAUGUAAAUUUAAUAAAAAACUAAUAAGCUAGAUGAAGAAGAUGUAAUAAAAAAAUUAGAUUAAAUCUUUAAGGAAAAAGUUUUAAGUAUCCAAGCCAAGCAACCAAAUAAAAUCGCAAUCGAGGAUCUGAAUUUAGAAGAAUUAACAGUCAAUAUUGAGGAUAUUUGUCAGAGAAAUAAUAAAAUAAUAAAGUAAUUCAACACAUAAGGAAAACUUAGAAAAAACCAAAACUAUAUUGAAGAAGAUCUAGAAAUUUUAAAUUGGAAAGCUAAAGAAAUGAUAGACAAAGCAAAUUGUAUAAAUUCCAAACUAAUUUGUAAUUAAAUGAAAGAUAUAAAAAUUGCCUCUAAAUACUAUGACUCCUAUUUUGUUUGUUUUGAAUCUUUUAAAACUUUUCUAUUGUAAAUAUGCUGUUUCUUAUUUAUUUUAUGA